AUGGCUACGAACGUCCAGACCCUGCUUCAACAAACUCAGGACAUCACGACCACAGAUUUGGCCGGCCCUCGAGCACCUGUGCAGAUUCCCCAUGGCUCUCUCGAGAACAAAGCCAAGGUACGCAGCAAGUACCGUCAUAUUGCAGCUCUGCACUCGAAAGUCCAACCUUCAUGUCUCAGCCACGAGACAAGCGAGACUCCCAGCUUCAUUGGCUUCCGAAACCUGAUGGUCCUAGUCAUCAUUGUCAUGAACUUGCGUCUGGUAGUCGAAAACGCCAAAAAGUACGGUCUGCUCAUCACUGUCAAGAUGAACCUACGGGACACGGAUAUCAAGACUGCCCUUAUCCUGUACGCCCUGACACCCUGCCAUCUUUUCGUGGCCUAUAUUAUUGAACGAGUCGCGAUGGAGAAUGCAAAGGGAGUCAUCGGCCGACGGAAAAAGGAGGACCUAGACCAGAGCAAGCCGGAAACAGAGAAGGAAAAGAAGGAAUUCUACUAUACUUGGUGGUGGAUCGCGGUGGCACAUACGUUCAAUGCGUCUCUCGCCCUCCUGAUCACAAGCUACGUUGUUUAUUAUCACAUUUAUAACCCCGGACUCGGCAUGAUCAGCGAACUACACGCCAUCGUUGUAUGGUUGAAGACGUGCUCCUACGCUUUCACCAACCGAGACCUCCGGCAUGCAAUGCUCCACCCCGGCGGUCCUGAGUCCGCUUUGCCAGAGAUGUAUCUGAAAUGUCCCUACCCAAAGAAUAUCACACUGGCGAAUCUGUGCUACUUCUGGUGGGCGCCGACACUGGUCUAUCAGCCAUACUACCCGCGCACGGAGAGUAUCAGGUGGACCUUCUUGUUCAAGCGCAUUGGGGAGGUUGUUGCCCUAUGCGUGUUCAUCUGGCUCGUCUGCGCACAGUAUGCCGUCCCUGUCCUGCGCAACUCACUCGGGGGCAUGGUCUCGCUCGACUUCCCCUCCAUUGCGGAACGGCUCAUGAAACUAUCCACAAUCUCACUGAUCGUCUGGCUUGCGGGCUUCUUUGCCUUGUUUCAGUCAUUCCUCAACGCCUUGGCCGAGAUCAUGCGGUUUGGCGACCGCGUCUUCUACGAGGAUUGGUGGAAUAGUACCAACCUCAAGAUGUACUGGUCGACCUGGAACAAGCCAGUCUACCACUUCAUGCGGCGACAUAUCUACUCACCGCUAGUUGGGCGCGGUUGGUCGUCACAAGCGGCGAGUGCCUGGGUGUUUGUGUUUUCUGGCUUUCUACACGAAUUGGCGGUCGGUGUGCCCGCUCACAGUAUACUCGGAGUGGCAUUUCUCGGGAUGGUACUGCAACUGCCGCUCAUCGCAUGUACAGAACCCUUGGCGAAGAAGGACGGGACAGGUAAAGUCAUUGGAAAUUGUAUCUUUUGGAUCAAUUUUGUGUUUGUGGGUCAGCCGCUGGCUGCCAUGAUCUACUUCUUUUCAUGGCAGGCAAAGUAUGGUGACCUGAGCAAGAUGCCCAAAAAGUAA